AUGAGAAAUACUGUAACAUGUGCUGCCGACAGGUCAGUACUGAGCUCCUGCUUCUGUGAAGUGGAGCACAGCGUGAGAACCGCUUUAGACUGUGGUACCGUCUACGGUCAGACUGUGGUACCGUCUACAGUCAGACUGUGGUACCGUCUACAGUCAGACUGUGGUACCUUCUACGGUCAGACUGUGGUACUGUCUACAGUCAGUCUACAGUCAGACUGUGGUACUGUCUACAGUCAGUCUACAGUCAGACUGUGGUACAGUCUGACUGUAGACGUCUACAGUCAGACUGUGGUACCGUCUACAGUCAGACUGUGGUACCGUCUACAGUCAGACUGUGGUACCGUCUACGGUCAGACUGUGGUACCGUCUACGGUCAGACUGUGGUACUGUCUACAGUCAGUCUACAGUCAGACUGUGGUACCGCCUACAGUCAGACUGUGGUACUGUCUACAGUCAGUCUACAGUCAGACUGUGGUACCGUCUACAAUCAGACUGUGGUACCGUCUUCAGUCAGACUGUGGUACCGUCUACAGUCAGACUGUGGUACCGUCUACAGUCAGACUGUGGUACCGUCUACAGUCAGUCUACAGUCAGACUGUGGUACCGUCUAGUCAGUCUACAGUCAGACUGUGGUACCGUCUACAGUCAGACUGUGGUACCGUCUACAGUCAGACUGUGGUACCGUCUACAGUCAGACUGUGGUACCGUCUACAGUCAGACUGUGGUACCGUCUACGGUCAGACUGUGGUACCGUCUACGGUCAGACUGUGGUACCGUCUACGGUCAGACUGUGGUACCGUCUACAGUCAGACUGUGGUACCGUCUACAGUCAGACUGUGGUACCGUCUACAGUCAGACUGUGGUACCGUCUACAGUCAGACUGUGGUACCGUCUACAGUCAGUCUACAGUCAGACUGUGGUACCGUCUACAGUCAGUCUACAGUCAGACUGUGGUACCGUCUACAGUCAGACUGUGGUACCGUCUACAGUCAGACUGUGGUACCGUCUACAGUCAGACUGUGGUACCGUCUACAGUCAGACUGUGGUACCGUCUACAGUCAGACUGUGGUACCGUCUACAGUCAGACUGUGGUACCGUCUACAGUCAGACUGGGUACCGUCUACAGUCAGACUGUGGUACCGUCUACAGUCAGACUGUGGUACCGUCUACAGUCAGUCUACAGUCAGACUGUGGUACCGUCUACAGUCAGACUGUGGUACCGUCUACAGUCAGACUGUGGUACCGUCUACAGUCAGUCUACAAUCAGACUGUGGUACCGUCUACAGUCAGACUGUGGUACCGUCUACAGUCAGACUGUGGUACCGUCUACAGUCAGACUGUGGUACCGUCUACAGUCAGACUGUGGUACCGUCUACAGUCAGACUGUGGUACCGUCUAAAAUCAGACUGUGGUACCGUCUACAGUCAGACUGUGGUACCUUCUACAGUCAGACUGUGGUACCUUCUACAGUCAGACUCUGGUACCGUCUACAGUCAGACUCUGGUACCGUCUACAGUCAGACUGUGGUACCGUCUACAGUCAGUCUACAGUCAGACUGUGGUACCGUCUACAGUCAGUCUACAGUCAGACUGUGGUACCGUCUACAGUCAGACUGUGGUACCGUCUACAGUCAGACUGUGGUACUGUCAGACUGUGCUACUGUCAGACUGUGCUACAGUCAGACUGUGGUACCGUCUACUGUCAGGCUGUGGUACCGACUCUACAGUCAGGCUGUGGUACCGUCUGGACACUACACUCGGACUGUGGUACCGUCUGGACACUACACUCGGACUAUGGUACCGUCUGGACACUACACUCGGACUGUGGUACCGUCUGGACACUACACUCGGACUGUGGUACCGUCUGGACACUACACUCGGACUGUGUUUUCAGCUUUAG